AUGAUUCCUGUCCGAAGAUUACUUGCAGGUGGUGAUGACAAUGGUGAUGAUAAUACAAGCAACGCUUCAAGUCACAAUGAGGAAGAAGAAGAAUUUGGAAUUGUUUACAUCAAUGAUGAAGAAAAUCAACAACCAGUAGAUGAGGAAAUUCAUUACAUGGUCGAUGAAGAGGAACUUGUAGAAGGAGGAGAAUUUGUUAGAUCUUCAACAAGUAGAAUACGUAAAAAUGUUCAAUUAAUUGAAUCUGUACCUAAUAACAUUAUUCAAAAUGAAGAUUGUCUUUCGGAUUAUUUUAGAUUUAGACUUGGCAGUUUGGCUUUAUUUCAAAAGAAGACUACACAAUUGGGUUUUCCACUCCGAUUAAUUUUGAAUGAACAAGAGAAUCCAACCAGAGUAGAAUUAACUUCAGAAAAUUUACCAUCCUAUCUCCUACAAGAAUACAUGUUUAAUCAAGAGAAUUAUGAAAUGGUUAAUAACGAAGUGGAAGAAUAUGUACAAUCAAUAAUGAAGGAUACAGGAAGGGAGAAACAGACACUCCUUUGUCCAAUGAUUCAUUUGAUUAAGGAUAUUAAUAGAAUGAAAUUUGGAUGGAAAUCAGCUACAUCAUUGGAAUAUAAACAUGCAAAAAUUGAAAAAAAUCAAAAAAGAGAAAAUGAAAUGAUUGUUUCGAAUCAAGAGACUCAAUCACAUGAAUAUUUGGAAAAUUUACCAUCUGUCUUUAGAAUUGAAAAACUACCAGGAUCUCAACCAAUAUCCUAUUAUUAUAAUCAUAGAGUAGUUAUUCAAUUACAUCCAUAUUUAUGUUUACAAGUUAAACCUUCUGAAUUGAGACAGAAUCAACACUAUAACAUUUCACACAGCAAGACAACCAAAUAUAAGGGAUAUUACUUUUAUUUUGAAAUUACAAUAUUGGAUUCGAAGUUUACUUCAAAGUAUGGUGAUGAAGCAGUUACUGAGGUAGGAGUUGGAUUAUCAGAAUUUAGAUAUGAAGAUGGAAUGACUGGAUGGUAUCAAAAUUCAAUUGGUUAUCACACUGAUUGUGGAAGAAUUUAUCUUAAUCAACCUGAGAAUACUGAAAAGAAUUAUGCAGGAAGAGCAAAGAUUGGCGAUACCAUUGGUGUAUCGUGGAGUUUAGACUCUGGAGAUAUUGUAUUCACACGAAACGGUGUUGUAUGUAGAACUGCUGUUGGUGUAUCUUGUUGGAAUAAGGAUUUUUGGUCGAAAGAAUUUAAAACAUUUUGCCCAACUAUUAGUAGUGAUUAUGAAGAACAGGUAUUCUACGUGAAUGUAGGAUUGAAUAGAGCAAUUUAUCCUUUCAGAUACUACCUAUUUAAUACCUAUGAGGAACAGGAGAUUAUGUUUUCAUAUGUCGAUAAUAGUAGACAUCCUUUUAUUGAUAUUAAUAUAAUUACAACAAGUGAAUAG